UUUUCCCAUGGCGAUCGCCUUCUCCAGCUAGAAUCCUUGCAGUUGCUAUCAAUGUGGUUUAACGUGCAGUCCUAAAACCUCUUGUAGUUUCUCGAUCACCUCAGUAACCGUCGUCGUACACCGGCCUUGAUUCGAGGAUCCUCGCUGCUUUUCCGGGCAUCCCCGCAGUUUAGCAGUAUGUACGUGCAAGAAGUGCGAUCGCAGCCACGCCAGCGAGGAACGAACGAAAUUACGCCAGAGGGUGACGCGGACAGUAUACCCUCCACGUCAGCCCACCCCCCGACUAACGCAAUGGCCGUGAACGACGGCGAGGACGAUCAGGAGCAUGAGCGGGACGAAAACGGCGUCGGUUCGGGCGAUAUUGCGCUCGACAUGAAGAUGAAACCGGCGCCGCCGCGGAAACGGAGCAGAUUCGAGUCGGCGUUAUGGCUGCUUGCAUGUGUGGCUGUUCUGGUGAUCGGCGACGGCAAGCGGCAUUUCUUCCAGGCGGUGCUGAAAGACGCUCGCGUGCAGAAGCAGCCUUUCUUCGUAGCGUGUGUGUGCAUCAUAGUCAACGUAGCUGUAUGGCUCUACCUCACCGUUCUCAUCCGCCUUGUGCUGAGGAACACACGCCAUUUUGAGCUGGCUGCUCCGGGAGCCAAUGCCACCACAACCCUGCUAAGCUUUAUGGCCUUCAUACUAUUUGCAAUCGCAUUGUGGCCGGUCUUUGGCUUCUUCAUCAUCCCCAUCCUGUGGGUAUUCUUCAUGACGCUAGUGGUGAUCCUGUCAACCAUUCCGCCUUACUCCCCCAAGUCUGCUGAAGAUAUGGAAUAGAGUGAGAAUGUGGCCUCUUAUCAGACCAGAUAUCCUG